AGUGGCUGGGAUUACAGGCAUGCACCACCACGCCUGGCUAAAUUUUUGUAUUUUUAAUAGAGAUGGAGUUUCACCAUAUUGCCCAGGCUGGUCUCGAACUCCUGACCUCAGGUGAUCCACCGCCUCGGCCUCCAAAAGUGCUGGGAUUACAGGCGUGAGUCACUGUGUCCGGCCAUGGCACUCUUGUUUUCUACCGCAGUAGAAAACCCUCUUCUUAGCAUCUACCUUCAGCGCCUCCAUGGGGUCCUACAUAAUUGGUCAGAGAAACCCAACCCCAUUUGGGGACCUAGCCAGUGUUUGCUUACUAACCUUUUUAAGGCCUGAACUAUCUGGGCCCAGCUUCCCUUUUCCACCCCCUCAGAGCAGCUGUGAUACCUAGCAUGUCCUGUCAGAGAUUGACACAGGGCCUUUGUGUUCCAUUAGAAACCUCUCCCAGCUCCUCACCAUCCACCCUCACAGCCUCCUGGGACUCUGUAGUAGGAAUGUCAGAUACAGCUCUCCUCUUGCAUGUCCCUAUCUAUUAUUUUUGGUUGAAGAUUUCUCUCUGCUACCAGCAUCUGUCUCCAGAGACCUCCAGAGCCUCAACAUCCUCCUGAUGGAGACUACCCCUCCCCCCAGACCCCAAUGUCUUCCUGCUGCCUCCUCAGACUCUAGAAUCCCCCACCCAUUCCCUUUGCAGCUUCCAUGGGGCCCAGCAACUGUCCUCCUACCUCUUUGCAGGCUCUGGGGGCCUCCACUGCAAUUUUUCAGCCUUUCUCCAAAAGAUCCUUUUCCAGAGAUCCAAAAUUUGAGUCUUCCUAAUACCCUAGCCUAGUCCCUUCCCUCCCAGGACUUCUAACAUCUCCUUUCCCAUUUGUCUCAGAGCUUCCUUGCUCUUAGACACCCACUUCCUGAUUUUCGUCUCACGUUCCCAUGGACUUCUCAGUUAACCCCUCCCGGAAAGCUUGACAUGCUCCAGCUCCCCUUCUCUAUGCCCUAGCUUCUCCAUCCUGCUAACCUGCCUCCUCUCACACCUCCAAGACUCCUCCCUCAAACCCUCUGGUUUGAGAAUAGAGAAUGCUUACGCUUGAAAAUCUUCAGUUUGGAGACUCAGGUAUGUUUAGAAACUAAGCUGCAGCUCAGCUUUGCCAAACAGUUCACAGUGUGUAUGUUAUAGUGGGGGCCUGAGCAAAUGUUGAGGGAGGAAGGGUGUAGAUUGUUUUUCUGCUGGGGGUGGGGGAUCUUUAGCUCCUCUCCAGAGCUUCUGUCCCAGACUCCUGCUUGCCUUGAGACAGGGCUGUUCCAAACCUUUGCAGUCGAAAUCCAGUUGAACAAUCAUCUGAAACUUCUUAGAACCUUGCUGCCUGCACUAGGGAUCCAGAGGGGAAAUGUCUAGAAGUUCAAGUGCUCUCUGGACCUGGAUCAUCUCUAAUUUACGGAGUGAGGAAAUGGCGUGUCCCAAACAAACUGACCAAUGACAAGCAGCCCCUUGAAGACAGUUUCGUUUGUCCCAGCUUUUGGAGAAAAUGAGGCUCAGAGGAAAUGAGAUCUCUACCCCAGAUGUCCAGCUCGCCGCUGUCCAAGAAACGUCGCGUGUCCGGGCCUGAUCCAAAGCCGGGUUCUAACUGCUCCCCUGCCCAGUCCGUGUUGUCCGAAGUGCCCUCGGUACCAACCAACGGAAUGGCCAAGAACGGCAGUGAAGCAGACAUAGACGAGGGCCUUUACUCCCGGCAGCUGUAUGUGUUGGGCCAUGAGGCAAUGAAGCGGCUCCAGACAUCCAGUGUCCUGGUAUCAGGCCUGCGGGGCCUGGGCGUGGAGAUUGCUAAGAACAUCAUCCUUGGUGGGGUCAAGGCUGUCACCCUACAUGACCAGGGCACUGCCCAGUGGGCUGAUCUUUCCUCCCAGUUCUACCUGCGGGAGGAGGACAUUGGUAAAAACCGGGCCGAGGUAUCACAGCCCCGCCUCGCUGAGCUCAACAGCUAUGUGCCUGUCACUGCCUACACUGGACCCCUCGUUGAGGACUUCCUUAGUGGUUUCCAGGUGGUGGUGCUCACCAACACCCCCCUGGAGGACCAGCUGCGAGUGGGUGAGUUCUGUCACAGCCGUGGCAUCAAGCUGGUGGUGGCAGACACAAGGGGCCUGUUUGGGCAGCUCUUCUGUGACUUUGGAGAGGAAAUGAUCCUCACAGAUUCCAAUGGGGAGCAGCCGCUCAGUGCUAUGGUUUCUAUGGUUACCAAGGACAACCCUGGUGUGGUCACCUGCCUGGAUGAGGCCCGACACGGGUUUGAAAGUGGGGACUUUGUCUCCUUUUCAGAAGUACAGGGCAUGGUUGAACUCAACGGAAAUCAGCCCAUGGAGAUCAAAGUCCUGGGUCCUUAUACCUUUAGCAUCUGUGACACCUCCAACUUCUCCGACUAUAUCCGUGGAGGCAUCGUCAGUCAGGUCAAAGUACCUAAGAAGAUUAGCUUUAAAUCCUUGGUGGCCUCACUGGCAGAACCUGACUUUGUGAUGACAGACUUCGCCAAGUUUUCUCACCCUGCCCAGCUGCACAUUGGCUUCCAGGCCCUGCACCGGUUCUGUGCUCAGCACGGCCGGCCACCUCGGCCCCGCAAUGAGGAGGAUGCAACAGAACUGGUGGCCUUAGCACAGGCUGUGAAUGCUCGAGCCCUGCCAGCAGUGCAGCAAGAGAAUCUGGACGAGGACCUCAUCCGGAAGUUGGCAUAUGUUGCUGCUGGGGAUCUGGCACCCAUAAACGCCUUCAUUGGGGGCCUGGCUGCCCAGGAAGUCAUGAAGGCCUGCUCCGGGAAGUUCAUGCCCAUCAUGCAGUGGCUAUACUUUGAUGCCCUUGAGUGUCUCCCUGAGGACAAAGAGGCCCUCACGGAGGACAAGUGCCUCCCACGCCAGAACCGUUAUGAUGGGCAAGUGGCUGUGUUUGGCUCAGACCUGCAAGAGAAGCUGGGCAAGCAGAAGUAUUUCCUGGUGGGUGCGGGGGCCAUUGGCUGUGAGCUGCUCAAGAACUUUGCGAUGAUUGGGCUGGGCUGCAGGGAGGGUGGAGAAAUCAUCGUUACAGACAUGGACACCAUUGAGAAGUCAAAUCUGAAUCGACAGUUUCUUUUCCGGCCCUGGGAUGUCACGAAGUUAAAGUCUGACACGGCUGCCGCAGCUGUGCGCCAGAUGAAUCCACAUAUCCGGGUGACAAGCCACCAGAACCGUGUGGGUCCUGACACAGAGCGCAUCUAUGAUGACGAUUUUUUCCAAAACCUAGAUGGCGUGGCCAAUGCCCUGGACAACGUGGAUGCCCGCAUGUACAUGGACCGCCGCUGCGUCUACUACCGGAAGCCACUGCUGGAGUCAGGCACACUGGGCACCAAAGGCAACGUGCAGGUGGUGAUCCCCUUCCUGACAGAGUCGUACAGUUCCAGCCAGGACCCACCUGAGAAGUCUAUCCCCAUCUGUACCCUGAAGAACUUCCCUAAUGCCAUCGAGCACACCCUGCAGUGGGCUCGGGAUGAGUUUGAAGGCCUCUUCAAGCAGCCAGCAGAAAAUGUCAACCAGUACCUCACAGACCCCAAGUUUGUGGAGCGAACACUGCGGCUGGCAGGCACCCAGCCCUUGGAGGUGCUGGAGGCUGUGCAGCGCAGCCUGGUGCUGCAGCGACCACAGACCUGGGCUGACUGCGUGACCUGGGCCUGCCACCACUGGCACACCCAGUACUCAAACAACAUCCGGCAGCUGCUGCACAACUUCCCUCCUGACCAGCUCACAAGCUCAGGAGCCCCUUUCUGGUCUGGGCCCAAACGCUGUCCACACCCGCUCACCUUUGAUGUCAACAACCCCCUGCAUCUGGACUAUGUGAUGGCUGCUGCCAACCUGUUUGCCCAGACCUACGGGCUGACAGGCUCUCAGGACCGAGCUGCUGUGGCCACACUCCUGCAGUCUGUGCAGGUCCCCGAAUUCACCCCCAAGUCUGGCGUCAAGAUCCAUGUUUCUGACCAGGAGCUGCAGAGCGCCAAUGCCUCUGUUGAUGACAGUCGUCUAGAGGAGCUCAAAGCUACUCUGCCCAGCCCAGACAGGCUCCCUGGAUUCAAGAUGUACCCCAUUGACUUUGAGAAGGAUGAUGACAGCAACUUUCAUAUGGAUUUUAUUGUGGCUGCAUCCAACCUCCGGGCUGAAAACUAUGACAUUCCUCCUGCAGACCGGCACAAGAGCAAGCUGAUUGCAGGGAAGAUCAUCCCAGCCAUUGCCACGACCACAGCAGCCGUGGUUGGCCUUGUGUGUCUGGAGCUGUACAAGGUUGUGCAGGGGCACCGACAGCUUGACUCCUACAAGAAUGGUUUCCUCAACUUGGCCCUGCCUUUCUUCGGUUUCUCUGAACCCCUUGCUGCACCACGUCACCAGUACUAUAACCAAGAGUGGACAUUGUGGGAUCGCUUUGAGGUACAAGGGCUGCAGCCUAAUGGUGACGAGAUGACCCUCAAACAGUUCCUCGACUACUUUAAGACAGAGCACAAAUUAGAGAUCACCAUGCUGUCCCAGGGCGUGUCCAUGCUCUAUUCCUUCUUCAUGCCAGCUGCCAAGCUCAAGGAACGGUUGGAUCAGCCGAUGACAGAGAUUGUGAGCCGUGUGUCGAAGCGAAAACUGGGCCGCCACGUGCGGGCGCUGGUGCUUGAGCUGUGCUGUAACGACGAGAGUGGCGAGGAUGUCGAGGUUCCCUAUGUCCGAUACACCAUCCGCUGACCCCCGUCUGCUCCUCUAGGCCGGCCCCUGUCCAUCCCUCUCCACACCCCUUCCAGCCCAGGGUUCCCAUUUGGCUUCUGGCAGUGGCCCAGCUAGCCAAGUCUGGUGUUCCCUCAUCAUCCCCCUACCUGAACCCCUCUUGCCACUGCCUUCUACCUUGUUUGAAACCUGAAUCCUAAUAAAGAAUUAAUAACUCCCA